AUGUUGGGUGUUUUUUCUUUUGUAUUUUUAUUAUUAUUUUGUUUUCUGCAUGCGUGCAUUUUUAUCCUAUCAUCCAUUUCUUAUUUGCUUCUCCCUAUUUGUGCUUUGCUCCAAGCGCAAGGUGGAGUUCAAGUCACGUGCCUGCGUUCGGCGAGACUUCUCCGUGGGGAACUGCGUCUGGGCGCCGGUGCAGUGAGCCCGGCGGCACUCCGUGAUGCGCUGCGUCGUUUGUUUCCCCCAUUUUGUGGGAAAACAAGGCGUCACACGUACGGCACUGCUGCCUCACCACGCACUGCGCCGAGGAGGGAGGGGCACGACUCUCCCUACAGCGUCUCUGGGAGGUGGCGCGAUGCACUACUUCUGGUGGAGCUGUCCAAGAUGUGUUCGGCCUCCUCUGUGGCCGACGCACGGUGUGAGGAGUCGUUGCCCUCUCGGUUGGCUGGGGCCUCUCCGGCGACAGACGCGGUGACCCACGCAACGGCCGAGAGUGAGACCAUCGCAUACCUCCUGAGGCACUGCCGAUUUCCAGUGGAAUGCUGGAGGAUUUCUUUGAAUCUUUUGGAACGAUGGCGGUUGUUACAGUCGGAGACGAUGUCAUUGGGGCCGUUCAGGAAACGGACUUCUUUUUUCCCCGCUGAUAUGUCGCCCGCGUCAUGUGCCCAUUUGAUGCGUAAUCUGUCGUAUACUUGCGUGGCUUGGGUGGAUAUUCUUCGGCUUUAUGAACUGGCAACGCGUGAUGUCGCGGCUCCUGAGGCAGCGCGUCGACAGCGAGAAACGACUGACCGUGCGGGGGAUGAGCCACGAGCCUCCCGUCGUGUCUCACUUCGAUGGAUGCGGCACACGGCGCUGACAUCUCUUCUGCAGGCGAAUCAGUGGAAGGAGUCACUGCAGUUCUAUCGUCAUAUGUUGUAUCAGGGUGACACGCCAAGUCAUGUGUCUGCAGGACACCUGGUGCAGCGGUUGGGCAAGGUUGGCGCCUGGGAAGCGGUGUUUCGCAUCUUUGAGCUUCACCUCAAACUGAUCGCUGCAACCCCCACGUAUUCCACCGCACGGCAGGGGAACGAUGGGGUGGAACAUCUCUCAGCGCGCGUUGCAUCACCGACUGCGGCACCAACACGAGUGGGUGAGUGGGGAACAAUGUUUUCCAUGUCGUUAGAUGUGGUGGGUCGAGUUUGCCGACGGCCCCUUAUUGCCAUGCAGAUGUUUAAUGAGGCCUGCAAUAAAAAUAUUGAUGGCUCCCUGUUUCGCUGGGAUGGCAACUUUCUUUCAGCCGUACAGUCGUUCCCCUCGGAGCUGGAUCGCGUGAAUGUGCUCCGGCGCGCCCACGCAUCAGGGCAACUUGACCACUUUAAGAUUAUCCGUGGGCUCGUUCACCAUGGGAAAUGGCUGGAGGCGAUUGCGGUGUUUGCGGAUGGGCUUGCCACCCAGCAACUCCAUAGAAGGGACAUUGGCCGUUCCCGACUGAACAUUUUGCAUGCCAGCAGCGGCGAUAGUGUUCAGGCGGUGCUUUAUUGCCUGCAACGUCUCACCCGACGUCCGGAGAAUUCUCUUCGAGUCAACGAUGCGGAGGUGGAGUGUGUGCUCUCCAAAGUUCCUUCCAUGCUGCCAACGAGCAGCGGUGCAUCAUUUGCUUCCAUGGCGCAUUGGCGUUUUUGUUUGCAGGUACUUUCCGAGAACUACGCCUCAUUUGCCACAAGUGGGGGGCGUGGCGUCAUGCCUGGCAUUGAGGGACGCCGACCCACGCAGCGCAUGGUGUCGCUGUUGCUCCGCCACUCGAUGCCUUGGAAUGUAGCGCUACGUAUAUUUGAACUAUCAUGUCGCCUGAACAUGGCUGCGACGCCAUACGACCCGGCGGGUGCCUCCUCGACACCGAGUAAUGUGCUCAUAAUUAAUCGUGUUGCUCACAUCCUGCAUGCACAUGGGCAGCGGCAGCGAAUGAUAGACUUUCUGGAUUAUGUAUUGUGUGCAAGUCCCUUGUCGCCAUCUUCGGAACUGCUUGAGUUUGUCCCGCUUGAGUUCUUCUCGUCCAACAGAGGAGUGCCGGAGAGAAAGCCGUUGAUGGUGGAGGAUAAGGUGUUGUACCACUUUGUAGAGACGACGAUGAACUGGGAGCGUGCCCUGACUCUUCUGCACCUCGUGGAGGACCAACGCGCCGGUGCGGUUACCGGGAACGUGAAACCGCUUCAGGUCAUUUCCGCCUCUGUGCAUUGUGCAACUCUCAAAAUGCUUCGGCGCUGUUGUGCGGCACACGGCGAGCUGUGGCUGCACUCUCUGCAAUAUUUUCAGCACGCGGUUUCGGGGCUUCACCUACUGGAUUGUCACACACAUCCCCGUCGUCUCGCACAGCAGCAUGGGGAUACCGAUGUGAACACGAUCCUUUACUGCGUCCUGUAUGAAACGCUGUUGAAUUUACUUGAAGAACCGUCUGGAGCUUCAAUCGUUUUAAGAGAGAAGAAUUGUUUUUCUCUCAUGGAGUGCGUUACGGCACGCUGUGGAGGGCGCAUUCCCACACACAUGUUGCUUCCAAACCAAAUGGACCGUCUUCUUCCACGUCUAGGCGUUGGGGAGCCUACUGUGCCGAACGUUGAGGAACGCACUCGGGUGAGCAUGAAGCUUAUAAUGUGCGUUCUUGUUGGCCUGUUGGGAUCCACGGGCAAAGAAGGAUUGAAGAGUCCCCACAUGACUCCCCCUGAUGCUGUCAUGUUCUACGAGCUGCAGAAACUGGUGUGCCGAGUGGCAGAGUACCGCCAUUAUUUAAUGCGUUUACAUGAAACAGGACAAUCUCUGUCAAACUCUGCGUCACCUCGAAAGACGGCAGCCACUGAGAAGCGGGUAUUUCCACAGCCGUUUCAGAUGGGCCUGCUUUGGCAGACAUCGCUCGAACUGCUGGGGUGCCAGUGUCGUGCGUGCGGUGUAGACUCCAUGAUGCCUGGAACGCUGAAACUUGUGUAUCGUUCUUGUGCCACGUCGGGUGGCCAGUGGGAGGCGGCGCUUCACGCCACGCAGUACCUUCUGCAGCAUCCGGGUGCGGUCGAAGGGGAGCAUUGCGCAAUGUAUUGUUCCCUGUUUGGCUGGGAAAGGGCGUUGGCGGUUUGGUGCCGCCACUUUCCGCAGCAGAUGCUGCGCGAGGUGUCGGGUCACGCAAAAGGACUGGAGUACUGUAUGCAAUCUCUUGAGUGCGCUCUGGAGUAA